AUGGGAGCCUGGAUAACCAGGUCAGAUGAGCGUCGCGCUGGUGUCUCAGCGCUGGACAGGACGCAGGUCCGCCCCAACCCCUACUGUGUGCCAGACUUGGUCAGCCAUAAAUCUCCAUCAUACGCCAGCGUGGUCACCUGCCUUGGCCCUUGCGGAUUCGUGGUACAAGAUGUAGGUUUCUUCUCCAAGCCCUCGGCGGGGCUUGCAGUGGGCCCGGGCCCUAUCCUGUGCCGUACAACCAGCCCUAACGGCAGCUGCCCACCCGGGGGCGACCCUGGAGGGCCUCCAGGGAUGCGCCCUACGGCAGCCAGAGCCAGGGCGGGAGGAGAGCGCGCAGUGUCGCGCGGGGCCCAGAGCCGCCCUGCACUUGCCAGCGACCGCCGGGCGGCCGAUGCGGGGUGCGACAGCCCCACGGCGCCGCGCCAGUUCGCCUGCGCGCACUCCGGCCCGCCCACCCCACUGGAGGCCACGCCUCUGCCUCGGAUGGGCGGAGGCUGCUGGGCGGGGCGGGGCCGGGGCGGGGCCGGGCCCGGCAGGGCGGGCGGGCAGAACCCGGGGAGGCCGAGCUCCAGCCCCCGCCCCAGGGCAGCGCGGCUGCAUCUCCGGCCGGAGCCGGAGGCCGCUGCGCCGCGGGCUCAGCCUCUGCUCCGGUGCCCGCGCCGUGCACCCCGGGAGCCCGGCCGGAGUCGCGGCGACGCGGCUGGUAGGAGGCGCUGCGCGAAGGGAGGCGUGUGCGAGCGCGCGUGCGGUGUGCACUUCAGGACGUGUGUGCAGGUGUUCUGCCUCUUUUUCCUGAGGCAGCAGCCACCAUGUUCUCUGUGUGUGAAGUCCUAUGAGGACCAGAACUACUCGUCCCUGAAGCGGGCCUGUCUGCGCAGGAAGGUGCUCUUCGAGGACCCCCACUUUCCUGCCACUGAUGACUCCCUCUACUACAAGGGUGCCCCGGGGCCCACCGUCAGGUGGAAGCGGCCCAAGGACAUCUGUGAGGACCCCCGCCUUUUUGUGGAUGGCAUCAGCUCCCAUGACCUGCACCAGGGCCAGGUGGGCAACUGCUGGUUUGUGGCGGCCUGCUCGUCCCUUGCCUCCCGUGAGUCGCUGUGGCAAAAGCAGAGCCACCAGAGCCACCAGAGCCAUUGGCCCCGGGAGCAGAGGCCCCAAGACCUGAGGAUGGGAGCUCUCUUAGCGGCCCCCAUCUUGGAGGCAUGCAAGCAGGUGCUGGAGCCGGGACACAGUAGAUGGGCUAUUGGCUGGGGUAUGAGUGCUGAUCCUUGGUACUCAUGGUUCUGGCUGGUGCCUGUGGCCAUUGCUACCUGGGUCUCCGCUGACUCUUGGAAGAGGCCAGACCCUUCUGCCUCUUUGCUUGACCUCUCCCAGGAGCUCUGGGGACCCUCUCGGUCCACACUCCCUGUCCUCCCACCUUAUCUGCUCUGUGGGUCCCAACUGCCUCUGCUAUGCCCGCUGUGUGUUCCCAAUAAAGGCUGUGUACCCUUGCCUCGGUGGUAUGCAUCUUCCAUGCUCACCACUCCCCACUGGAGCGGUCUCCUCCCCGCCAUGCUCCCAGCUCUGAGCAGCCCUCCCUGGCUCUCCACACUCCCAGUCUCCAUGGCUUUCAGGGAUGAGACCAAGCAGUCAAGUGACUGGUCAGACCUCACCUCAUGA